UCCGGAUAACCUUUGCAAGGCAGUCACCUUGUAGUGGUGCGAAGGCUUAAGUUUCAAUGAUUCAUUUGACCUGCCGUUUUUGGGUUCUCCUGAUUCGGUAGUGAUUUUGAGGAGAUACGAACUAAGAACUGCCCCCCUUAAUCCAGGGUGUAAUGUGAACCGUGCCCAUUGGAUGGUUUGCAGUCAGGGGGUAUACCGACUGUAUUCUAACGGUGCCUCUCUGAAACCAGGUCGAAUCAGAGAGUAACUUAGACCUUACCAUACUAAUGCGGAGCUCUUGUAUGGUGGAACCCAUUAUUUCUCUAGCUACUCGUGGGAACAAAAUAUGCCAAAACAACAAAAACAAAAAUACAAUCAAAACUAUACACAAUUCAACACUCAGCGGGAUGUUACCGCGAGUGAAUACACAGACCGCAUGGAGAGAGAUCUCUGUGGAGUCGGUCCUAUUCCGGAAUACAUGAAACAUCUACAAAACCGGGAAAGCCUAGGGGCAGCAUUAACCGGCAGCGAAGGGAGAAUACCUCCCACACUUAAGGAAAAUGACAUCCCUACUACGUCAGGCGCUGGCGAAGUUAGAAUACAUGCCAAACAAGAGGUAGAUAACACCCCUAACACAUCAGGUGUAAAUCAGGGGAGUGUACCUCUCACUCCAGCUGAUGCAAAUAGAGCCAAAGAAGACAACGAUGAUGGGAAGACACCAUCACAUUCCAUUAUGAGAAUAAAAAAAACGCGAAUCAAACCAGGUGCCCCAGAUGAUCUUUACAGGAAGGGUCUUAGUGGUGCAGGUUGCAAGUGGUUUCUUCGGUUUAUAAAGCAGGGUAUACCCCCUCUAGAAGCCAGGAAGAUGGUUGACGAAAGGAAGACAAAUCCAAGCAUAUUGGUAGAGUUUAAGAGGAAAACCGAUGAACUAACUCCUUCCAAUAAUCAAAAUUCCAAGAAAAACUUUAUUCAAAGUGAAGCUGACACAGCUAAACCCCUCUCUCUGGCGAGUGCAGCUAACAGUAUCAAAAUUGCAGUUUUACCAACGAACUUCCCUCAGUCUACUCUCACUAGCUAUGAACUUAUAGUACUAAAAGAAUUACUUAUUAAGGAGAUGUCUCUUGGUUGGAAUCACAAGUUGAAGUUUAACGGGGUGCUUUUAAAGACUGGGUUUCUUUUAGUUAACUGUGCUGGGAAAGAUACUGCUGACUGGCUAAAAAUAAAUGUACCCAAGCUCAGAUCUUGGAGGGGCAUCAAAUUAACCACAUGUUUGGAAUCCGAAGUCACCAAAAUGCAUACGGUUACUGUGUUCUUACCAAAGAGCAUGGAUCAAGAUGAGAUGGAGUCCUUGGCAUUAAUCCAAUCUCAAAAUGAAGGAUUAAAUGUCCAAUAUUGGAAGGUAGUCAAGAGCAAAACUGAAGGAAGAGGUCAGCUGCUAGUACUAAGCAUAGAUGAGCACUCAGCCAAAAGGAUAGCAACUUUGAACCACAAACUCCACUAUAAGUUAACUAUGGUUAACGUCGUAGGCCUCAAGAACACAAUGACAUCAAACUUGGUUGAGUCAGGAGAAGCAACUGAUCAACAACUUCAUUCAAAUAUUACCUCCAUCGAACCGAACAUCCCCUCCACCCAAGCCGACAUCUGCACCACCCAACCCGACAUUCCCAUUACCAAUCCCUCCUUUAUCACUUCUAAAAAUUAAUUCCCUUACAAUCCUGUCGUCCGUAAUUUAAUUUUGCUUUAUUUUAAAUAUUUACAAACUUCUCUCAUCAAAGAUUCAAACUAAAGUUAUUAAAUUUAUAUAAAAAUGUACCUUUAAAAAUUCCUCAAUUUCCGAAAUAAAAAUGUAUCCAGAUUUUUGUACAGAACCAUUAUGAAAACUCGUAUAAACAAUAAAAUGCUCAUGUAGAUCUUUAACAUUCCAAA